GGUGACGUCAUCACGCCUCCUUCAAGCCCUGGAUGCUUGGUGGUCCGCGGUUUGUGUUGUUGUCCUUUUGCUUGCACAGAGAGGGGGUCAACGGGGGAGGCUUUAUGGUCUUGCUGCACAACACAGACCGAAUAGAACACCGAAACGCUCGACGUCUCGCGACGGGAAAUGGACAACAGUAAACGGACUGUGGUCGUUACAGGUUUUGGGCCAUUCGGAGAGCAUACGGUCAAUGCCAGCUGGGUUGCGGUCCAGGAGCUGAAGAAGCUUGGGCUCGGCACUGAAGUGGACUUGCAGGUCUACGAGGUUCCAGUGGAGUACCAAACAGUGCAGAGUUUAGUUCCGUCACUAUGGAAGAAGUAUCACCCAAUGCUGGUUGUUCAUGUUGGAGUAUCAGGCAUGGCCACCACUGUCACAUUAGAGAAGUGCGGCAGAAAUCAUGGCUACAAGGGUUUGGACAACAGCAGCUUCUGUCCUGAUUCACAGUGUUGCAUUGUGGGCGGCCCAGACUGUAUUGACUCCGUUAUCGACAUGGAAUCAGUCUGUAAGAGAGUGACUGCCUCUGGGCUGGGAGUUGCUGUGUCUGUCUCUAAAGAUGCUGGAAGGUAUCUGUGUGACUUCACCUACUACACCUCCCUGUACAUGAGCCACGGUCGCUCGGCCUUCAUUCACGUGCCUCCUCUUGGCAAGCCGUACAGCGGUGAAGACCUGGGCCGCGCGCUGCAAGCCAUUGUCCAGGAGAUGCUGGAACUCCUGGGUAACGCCAAGGAGCAGAUUCACUGCCAGCAACACUUCCACUAAGUGACCUCUCGAUGCCAGCCAGCCUCUCCAGCCACGCAAGACAAAUUGCACUCAACCACAAGUAGCCAAGUUCUGUCUUUUUCUUAUCUUUUCUUAUAUAAUGAAAGCUUUGGUGUGUUUCACUCUCUGUCCUUGCUUUGAUUUUACUAUUUUGCCCCUCAAUAAUCAAGAAAUGUUAUGAUAUUGUCCCACUUUAAGGUGAUUUAGAUGUGUGAAUAUGUUUAGAUUUACCUCCAAAGCACAGGAAGCUUUGUUGUUCACAAAAACUGCAGUUGCUACAGAGUGUAGCAGAUUCAACACAGCAUUACUCCAAAUGUGGCUACUAGUAUUGCACCUUAUAGUGUUAGGGUUAUUGACAUGGUUACAGAAGUCACAUUUGGCAACCUUAAAUGGGCUGAAAAAGGAAUUUUUCAGCCAUACAUUGCUGAAUUUUUGCCUUAUUCAUAUUACCAAAGCUUCCAGGUUACUUCUGUUGAUGUAUUUUUUUUUCAUCCUCAAUACAUCACUCGCCACAAGUCGGCAGAUUAUCAGUGUGAACACUUAUAUGUGAUUCAAUAAGUAUAUUCAUGUAGAAAUCUUUAGCAUAAACCAUGCAGUUCCUUUCUUAUAUUCUCUCGAUCUUCUCCUAAUUCUAUCUGUGCUAUUUCACAUUUGAUGUUGAAUUGUUUCUGGACUCGUUUUCUUUAUAAGAAGUUGUGAAUUUACCUUCUUUUACAAAGGUGAUUUGAAAGUGGGAACGGGUUGGUUCCGGCUCACAUUCCCUCAGUUUUGUUGCCCAUUUCUGACCAGUAGCCAAGAAUUCAGCCCUCGGAGAUCUGAUCAAAGGUUGUGCAAUAUGAUGUUAACAGAUCUCCUCCAGUUCUUUUGGUUUACUAGGCUGCAUGAUUAUUCGAAAAAAAAAAAAUCAUUGUGUCUGAUGUCUAACCAAUAAUAUUGGAUAGACUGUAGUUUGAGGCAUGUCCGUCUCACAGUUCUGAGGUCGGGGAUUUGAAUCCAGACACCGGCCCUCCUGUGUGUGGAAUUUUCAUGGUUAACAGUUAAUGUAAAUGGUUGCUUGUCUAUAUGUGCCCUGUGAUUGGCCGGCGACCAGUUCAGGGUUCAGUUUUAAACUCAACCGUGAUCAUGGAUGAGUGAUAAAGCAAAUGAAUGGAUGUAGAAAAAAAAAAUCCCACCAGUUCACUGUUUUUCCCCCUACCCCAAAUUGUGCAGCCUGAAACCAUUUUCAUUUUUUAAAGGUUCCAAAGGUCAUUUACAGCUGCUCAAGUAACACAACAAUCCAUGUGACAUCCAUGGGACAUUGUGUCAAGUCAGAUUUGGGCCGGAAAUUAUGGUUUCUAUAGCACUUUCUUGUUUUUCCACUUUUAGUUGAUUGCUAUUACAAUACGGUGCUGAACAUAAAGACUUGCACCCCAACAUACUCGUAUACAUACUCGUAUCCCUGGAGUUCUUCUCAAUGUUUUCUAUGGUAUAGUGUACCACAAAAUACUGCCUUGAAUGUGGGCCAUCGAUUGCAGAUGAGAUUUGUCAGCGUGCAAGACAUGAGAAUGGCAUUUUUCUAACAGAUUCAAUUAUGGUUGCAAAAAUACACACCAACCUUAGAUUUUUUUUUUUUAAUGUAACAGUUUUACCAAGGAUUUGUCCUAUCAAAAUUCUGAAAAUGUUUCAUGUCUACUGAGAGAUUGAUAAAAACUUAUUUUUCAAGGGGGUGUCCGCCUUUAUAUUGAGUAGCGUAUGUUACCUAAUAGACAAACAUCCACUGUUGAAAGUAAUUGCCGUCAAUGUUGUACCUUUGAGUUAUUUCGCUCAAUAAUAUUAACUAAUGUAGCAAAUCCCUCGAGUCUAUGGUGGUGCCACUUCCAGGUUUGAAUGUGAUUCUACUUCUUUGGCUUUUUUUUUUGUCUUCUGUUUGACCAUGUACAACAUUGGUGGUUCAUCACCAUGACAUUGAAAUCUGAUUUUCGAACAGAGUUGUAGUUGUGUAUAGUUUCUACAACCUGAAUGCCUCAAAUGGUUAUGUAUGUGGAAAAGCUGAAACUUUGGAGUAAAUAGUUUUGGCUAGAAAACUGACCCAACACUGUCUUGUGUUGCAGCUUAUACAGUGCCUUGAGAAAUUAUUCAUCCCCAGUUACUCCAGCCCAUCACAAACUGGAGUGUAUUUUGUUUGAUAGACCAACACAAAGUUGCACAUAAUUGUGAAGUAGAACGAAAGUGAUAUAUGGUUUUCAAAAUUCGAAGCGCAUAUAAAUCUGAAAUGUGUGGUGUGCAUUUGUAUUCAGCACGCUGUACUCUGAUACCCCUUAAUAGAAUCCACUGCAAACAGUUGCCGUCAUAAAUAGGGUUAUUAGUAAAUACAGUAGUUCAUUUGUAUGUAAUUUACUCUUGAGUAUCAGUGCACAUGUUCUGUGAACCGCCUCAGCGGGUUGUUAUAGAACACAAGUGAACAACAGCACCAUGAAGACCAAGGAACUCUCUAGACAAGUCAGCGAUAAACUUGUGGGGACAUUUAAAACACUGUUUGGGCUCGCACGCACGCACGCACGCACGCACGCACGCACACACACACACACAAACUUAUAUUGCAGAUCCCCGGCCCAAGCACAUAGUCAAGGCAUUGUUACAAAAUAAUGCUCACAACCCCGAGGCUGGUCAGAGUUGAUGGAAGGAUAGAUGGAGCAAAAUACAGGCCAAUCUUAGAAGAAAACCUGUAGCAGACUGCAGAAGAUUUAAGAUUGGGGAAAGUAAUUCAUCUCCCAGCAAGACAAUGACCCUAAAGCCAGAGCUACAAUAGAAAGGUUAAAACAAAGUGUUUGAUUGGUCCAGUCAAACUCCAGACCUAAAUCCCACUGAGCACCCGUGGCAAGACUUUAAAAAAUGUUGGGUGUUAGAGACACCCCAAAAGACUUGCAGCUGUACAAAGUAUUGAUGCCCGGGUGCUGAAUACUAAUGCAUACCACAUUUCUUUUUCAGAUUUUUAAUUGUCUAACAUUUUGCAAACUAUCAGAAUUAUUGCUUUCACAGUGAUGUGCUACUUUUGCGACAUUCAUACAAAAUCACUAACGAAUAGUGUGAGGGUUGUAGUUGUUAGGUGACAAAAUGUGGAAAAAAAUGCCAGGUGUAUGAAUACUUUUUCAAGGCACUAUUGGGUUGUCUCAUGCCUUUCGGUUCUAGUUUGGCUUAAUCCAUGAGUUAGGCCAGUCAAUUCAUUUUCUUUUUUGUCAUUAAGUAGCAAUCAGUAACCUGGAGCAGAACUUGUACAGUACUUAGCACAUUUAUUAAACCACAACCCAGUGUAUGGUUUAUGGCAAAUCUGCCCUAAAAUAAUAUCAAUGGUAAUUACCAGUAAUGUAAUUCUAAUGGUAAAAAAAAUAAAUACAAAGCAUAUAUAUUUUUUCUUGAUUAGGGUGUGAAACUAUUGCUAUUCCUGAAGGGAAACAAAAAAAAAAUGAUUUGGCGGUGCAAUAUUCUGGUUGACUAAUUUCUAAUUUCUCAGAGAAGUUGAGUGAGUCAGCCCAGGCAUAAAAAGGUGAAUUCAUUUUCAAUUUCAUUAUAUUUCAAAUUCCUCAUCGCUCUUCAAAGUAGUAAAAUGUAAAGAGCUCACCUAAACAGAAAAAGUCUGCAUUAAAGCACUAUAUCGCUAAGGUGCUGGAUGUUCUGUUCUCGAUUUUAUGACAGGUGGUGUAAUACAUGUGUUAAGCACUGUACAUAGCCUUACUCUGUCAAAUGAUUAAUUGCUGAUUGGACAAGUUUUCAGAGUUGCUAGGCGCUAAUGUUUAAUGGGGUGUGGCAUUGUGAGUGCAAGUAUGUGAAUGGGUCGUGCUGCACCUCAUAGCUGCUCACAAUUGUAUAGCUAGUUUGUUUCAAGUGACUUCUAGCCCUUUUAACUCCUGUGCCUUGCUGUUAUUUAUUUUUCUUUGGAUAAGGCCUUAAUUCAGAGGUAGGGAUCUCCGGUUCUUCGAGAGCCAUAUCCUGCCUGUUUUAGAUCUCUCCCUACUCCCAACACACCUGAUUCAAUUGAGGAUGAUUGUUUCAGGCUUCUACAGAGCGAGCUGAUGAGCUGAUCGUUUGAAUCAGGUGUGUUGAAGUGGAGAGAGAUCCAAAAUUGGCAGGAUAUGGCUCUUGAGGAACGGGAGUUCCCUUCCGCUGCCUUAAAUGUCGGGUGGCCGGUCAGUUCAAAGAUAUAUUUGGAUAUAUUCCAGGCAAAUGUGUGGCUACCUCAAACCUAUUUUUUAAUCUCAAUGUGGGCGCAACAUUAUGACUGUGAGUUAUUCUAAGUACUGUACCUCUGUAAGGGAACAUCCCAUGAAAGGCCUGUUCUCUGCUUCUGACAUUAUCAAAGCACUGUUACAAUAAGUAAGAUUGGCUUUAUAAGAGGAAAAGGCUUUUAAAUAAAGAUAAUUGAAAUGUUGAAAA